UGUCCAAAGAAGUAUAAUAAUAUCAAGUAGUGGUUAACAGUGAAUGUAAUCAAUAUGUAUAAGAAAAUUACUUCGAUCGUAUUGAUGUUACUUGUGAUUGUCCGUUCGGAGGAAAUUUCUGCCAAGAAUGUGACACAAGCAAAUUUCUUAAAUUUAAGAUUAUCGACAAUUCUGCCGUACUUAUUGCACAAUGACCAAAAUCAUACGAAGGAUAAUGCAAAGAGAUCGCUCUUUCUAUUAAUGCCACCAUCACAGACACGAGAUGCAAACUCAAAAGAAAUAGUUCAAAAAACAAAACGUUGCGGAACAUUGCCUCGGAAAAACAGAUUUUUCUUAUUAUCGAGAAAGGAAAACAGUACCAGAGCAGAAAUGAAUGCAAGAAGCCUUGAUAGAAAUAUCAAAAUCCCCAGACAAAAUUCAAAUGCCGAUACUUCUAUAAAAAACAUAAAAUACUUGCAAGAAAGCCCUGUAAACAGGAUAAAAACUGAAACACAUAAAGAUAAUACAUUUUUACGAGCCCUCAGGAAUAACAUGAAUGCAGAAAAUGUAAUUUUGAAUUUAAAAUCUCGAGGAAAGACAAAGAAAUGUAAUACAGAAAAUUGUAUUUGUUACUGUAAAGAUGAGAACUGUUUUUCUAAAUCAUCAAUGACAAGUUCAUCGGAAAUAUUAAGCUCUUCCAGAAAAGAUAAGUCUGAAAAGAUAGAAGAUCAUCAAAGACCAGCGAAACAUGAAAACACAAAAUCAAAUAUUUUACAGCAAAUAUCACCAAAAUUGUAUCAUAAAAAUCUUCAAGAAUUACGCAUACCUAGUCUAAUCAAUUCUUUUCCAACACGAUAUUACCAAGAAAGAAUACGUGAUAUCCCUCAUGCGUCAAUUCUGUACGGAAAGAAACCACAUAUUUUGCCUUACAUAGUCGGAAAUGAUAAAAAUUUUCUUAAUAUUGGAGUUCCAUUUACUUCAUUUGAGAAUAGACCAAAUUUUCCACUUAAAAGUAAAGCCGACAAUCAAUAUGAACCGAUUAUCCAUCAAAACUUAUAUCCCUGUUCACAUAUAGUUGAAGAAAGUCGAGUUGGAAGUCCUAUGUCAACUACUUCAGCUUCGACAAGCUAUGUUGGUGCAACAACUAGUACACAAACAGAAAGUGAUCUUAAAUCGAUUGAAAUCACUGAAAAAGAUGAAAAACAUUUUUUCAAAUUAACUACAGAAGCUCCGAAUAAUUAUGUAGAUAAGUCAAUUAAUUCAGAAACGGAAACUAAUUUUUAUCCAAACUAUUCAAAUGAUGUAACUGAAAAAAGCAGUACUGUAGAUUUUUCUUCUACAGAACGAAUCAAAGGAAAUCAAGAAGACGAAUUUUCUAAGUUAAUGCCAUUUUUUACAAAUUAUGUUGAUAGAAGCAGAACACCAUCCAUCAUCUAUCCAUCAAUCCUGCAUAAUGACAUAUUGAUAAACAUGGAAGAGUGUAUAAAGUUAUUCGGUCGCGACGUGUGCGUACUCAGUGCGACGUCACCAGGAAUACUUGCAAAACAGACACAAGAGAACAAUAUGAAUGAAUAUUCUACGAUUAAAAUCCCGGAAUAUAUCGUACAAAUGUCCAAAAAUAAAGAAGGAACAACGUUAAAUAAUGCCAAUUAUUCGGAUAAACUUGAAACAAUCAAUACGUAUGUACAAUCGAAUGUUGAUUCCAAUGAGCAUCUCGAAUCAACAAAUACAGAAUUAAAUGUUGAUACCGAUAAAAAUUCUCCACAAGAAUCAUAUCGAUACGAAGGAUCUAUCGAAGAAACUUAUGAACCAGAUGAUAACUAUGAUGAGAAUAAAUCAUUUAACAUUAAAGAAAAUGCACGUAUCUCAAUAAACAAAUUGAUGGACCAGGUAACUGAUAAGACCAUGGAGACUGCAAGAAAUACACUGUUAGGAAAGAGUAAGAGUCAUACAAUUGAGCCAUUGUCAAAUCCAAAUAACAAGGAAACGGCAAAUCCCACUUCAAACGAGAAAUAUCUCUAUUCUACUAAUUCAUACUAUAGUAACGAAUAUAGUAACGAUCAACAAGAAACGAAUAAUUUAAAGGUUGAUCAACAAACUUUAAUAACAGAUAUAAAUGUUAAUUCAUGGAGUACUCUUGGAGUAUUGUGGAAUACUCUUCCUAAAGAAGAGACUACAACUAUUAGUUAUGAUUUUAAAACUGAAUAUAAUUUUGAAGAGAAAAAUAGAAAUUAUUUGGAAGAAUCAAAUAUUAAUAUUUAUCCUGAAGGAGAAAUUUCUCAAGAACAACUUAAAGAAGAGGAUACAACUGUUAAUCGUGAUAAUUCGAAAAUCGGAUAUAAUUUUAAAGAGGAAGUUACAAAUAAAUUGAAUGAAUCAGAAAUCGAUACUUCUCGUGAGAAAGAAAUUCUUCAAAGACAAUCUGAAGAAAUUACAACUAUCAGUUAUGAUUCUACAGCAAUGUAUAAUUUUGAAGAAGAAAGUACGUAUGAUUUGAAAAAAUUAAAUACUGAUUUUGAUCUUGAAAAAGAAAUACUUCAAGAACAGCUUGAAGACGAAAUUAUACCUGUCAGUUCUGAUUCUUACACCGAAUAUAAUUUUGAAGAAACCACUGAAAAUAAUUUAUUAGGUAUAAAAACCAGAGAUGAAAUUCUUGGAGAACAACCUGUAAUGCAAUAUCUUGAUCUUGAUGAAAAAACAAAUUAUUUAAACAAUAAAGAAGAUACCACCAAUAAUCCCGAAACAAUCAUCGAUUCAUCAUCAAGAAACCAUACCAUACCAUACUAUGACGAUACUUUACUUUUAAAUUCCAUCAGAAAGGUCAUCAACGACUUCGCAUCGAACGUUUCCUUAAGCAAAACAAAAAAUCUUGACGAAAAUAUUCUUCAGAUACAAGGUAGAAGUUUGCUGCCAGAAAUUUUACAAGUUCCGAAUCUCGAGAGUAUUCUGUCAAUUCCGCAAAUAGAAAACACGAUCGUAGAAAAGGUGAAAGAUAUUCUAUCCGAUAUCACAGUUAUUUCCCAAAAGAACUUCACAAACGAUUGGUCACAUGAUGUGAUAAAAAACUCUUUCCGUAGCAUAUUGCAGACUCUUUCCACAGAUUUUCACCGAAACCUCCCACCGAUGACGGUUGAGGAGCAUCAAUUCAAGGACGGACAAUGGUCAAUCAAUUCGAUAACUUUAGCGCCUGUUCCAGACAGCGAAUUAUCAAUAGCAAAUCCGGAAAACUUGGAGAAAAGCAUCAGAAAUCUUUUAAACUUUUCAGUAAUCGCGUCGCAAGCAGAUCAGUACAUUAUACGAAACAUGAUCGUGCAGAGUGUGAAAAAUAGUUUGACCAAAGACGAACAUGAGGAAAUAGAUAAUUCGAUAAUUCAUAUGCUAAAUAAUAUUCUUCAGACAUUAAAAGAUUCAACAGAUACGGACAUGUUAAAAAAAAAUAACAGCUUUGAUAAUAAUAAAAAAGAUGUGAAUUUGACUCUUUCGCAAGAAGUAUCAGCAGGCAAUUACGAAGAAGGAAUAAAUGUUGGCAAUUCAAUAUUAAUUGAUAAACAGAAUCUUGACAUAGAAAGAGACAAUGAGAAAACACAGUUGACGAGUUAUCAGGAAUCCAAGGGAUUAGAAAAUAACGCUAGCAUGAUUAUUUCUAAUCUUUCAAAUUCAACAGAAUACAAGAAAGACAAAAGCACGCACAUUGAAAAAAAAACACCAAGGAAAACUGAUAUACUUAUGCGUAGAAUAGGAAAAAAAUUCAGAAAUCAAAUGAAAAGGAUACAGAAGAUAGAUAUGCAAGAUAAUGAAGUAAAAAAACUAGCUGAACCGUUAAAAAAUACAGUGACAUAUAAUAAAGCUAUUUCACAAAAUAAUCUCAGCAUAUCAGAAAUUUCUAUAGAACCAAUAGAAACAGAGGAGUUAAAUAAAACAGAAAAAAAUAUAUUCUCAGAGGCAACAACAAUUUCAUCGAUUAUGACUAAAAAUUUUGAUGAAACAGAAGAAGAUAUCGUUACUUUAACGCCGGUAAUAAAGAAUAUUAAUGAGAAUGAUGACAAUAAUAAAUCAUCGAUAAAUUAUUCUUCACUGGAUGAUCAAAUUUUGAAAUAUAUAAAAAAUGAUCGUAUCAAUAAUGAAAGUGUUCAAGUUACAACAAUACCCACAAAUUUUGUACAAAAAACUUCACCCAAUUACGCACAGAUAUCGAAUGGCAUAAUUUCAGAAAACAUGGAAGAAGUUAAAGAUUUCGGAAAUGAAACUGAAUAUAUCUUAAAUAGAAAUAUAUUGACUAAGUCACCUGAUAAUUUAAUUUCAUCUACAAAUUUAAAAUAUCGAAAUGAGAAGUCGGAAAUCGCAUCUUCAACUGAUGAAAUUGAUCCAGCAAUAAUAUUAGAGAGGAUUGAGCAUAAUUUAUCGCCAAUAAAAUAUUAUUCGCCGGAAAUUUUAAAAUACAUAAAAAGUCAUCAUAAUGCUGAUGCAAGUGUUGAAGUAACGACAACAUUCACAAGUUUUAUGCAAGAAAUUUCACCCGAUUAUGCACAACAAAUAUCGGAUGAUCUAAUUUCACAAAACAUAGCAAGUGCUAAGGAUGAUGGAGAGGAAAUAGAAUGCAUAUUAAAUGAUAAAACGUCGACUAUUUCAGCUGAUAAUGUAAUUUCAUCUCUAAAUGUAGACGACGGAAAUUAUAAAUCCAAAAUUACUUCUUCGAUAGAUACAAAUAUUUUAGAUUCGCAGCAGCAGAAUUUUAUGGCAAAAGGCAACAUUAUUGCCAAAAUCCACGAAGCUACUACAGAAGUUCAACGAACCUACGCAAAAACUACUUACUUUAAGGUGAACCCUUCUGUUGACGAUAGUUCAAGGCUCAGUUCGUUUUCAUCGGAUUAUAAAGCUGAUGCAAAUAAUAAUGAUAAUAAGAAUAAAAAUAGCAAUAACAACGACAGUCUAAUUGGCAACAAAUAUAAUGCUGAUGAUAUUACUACAGAAACAAAUAAAGUAACUAUUCCAUUCUCCAAAUCAUGUUGUUUAGGCGAUAUUUAUCCUCUUCAGCUAUUUCCCUUAUUAAUUGCUUCCGAUAAUUCGGAAUUUGAGAAAUCGCAGCUUUACUAUAUUAACGACGGCAUGAAAUUGCCAUUGGAAAUCAGAAAAUUAAAAGACGGUUUUUAUGAGUUGUCGAUCGCCAAGAACAUAUGCGAGCAGAUUCUGGAAAGAAAAUGUUCCUGCUGUGUGCCACUGCAAGGACAUGUGAUUUUAUCAUGUAACAAAAAUCAAGAUCAAAAAGAUAUACAUAUAAUGACUUCAAGUCAAGAGAAUAUGUAUGUGAAAAAUGUUAAAAAAAAUUAUUAUUCGACUGAAUCGCCUAACAUAAUGAUAACUGUAAUGACUACGGGAAAAGAUACCUUGAAAAUGCAAAACUCAGAAGAAGAAGAAGAAUUAAUAAAGUCAGUUAGAAAAUUUGAAUAUGAUCAAUUAGAAAAGAAAAAUCUCAAUGAUAAUUUUGAAACAAAGAAAAAUGAAUUUGUGAGUGAAAAUAAAGAUGCAACCGAUAAAUUACAAAAUUUGGUAAACUUUCGAGAGAGAAAAGAUACUAUGAGCACGAGUUUCUCAAGAUCUCCAAUUUUCCGAGAUUUGUACACAUUGGGGAAUUCAAUAGUUAAAUCAUGGAAGAAAAAUGCAAAAGCAAAUCAAUUUGAAAUAACUGAAGACUUGCAUAAAAUGGAAACUGAAAAAAACAUUCAAAAUAUAAACACUGAGGAAAAAAUAAAUUCUAAAAAUCAAAAAAGAAAUUCCGUUUUUAAAAGAAUUAAUAUUUCCAAAGAAGACACCGAGAUAAAGAAUGAAGAAAUGAAAUCGGAUAAAUACCGAAUAGCGGAUAUCGAAAAAGAAGAUGUUAAAGUUUUCAAAAAGAAAAGAGAAAAGAGGCCUCAGCAAACUAUAGAAUCUAAAAAUCAAGAGAGAAUUCCUAUUUCGAGAAUUAUUAUUUCCGAAAAUAAAGUCAACAUGAAGAGCGAAGAAACAAAUUGGGAUAAAUUAACAGAUAUUGAAGAAGGAAACGUUUUCCAUAAGAAGGAAAAACAGGAGCGUAAAGUGUAUAUAAUUGACGAUAAGCAGAAUGGUUCAAGAUUUAAAAAUUCUGAAGAAGACAGUAAAAAACCAUAUAGAUAUCAGCGAAAUAUAAAUGGCAUCGUAAAUAAAAGAGCAGAAAUAGUAAAAUCUAUGCUUUAUUGGCUUAAAGGUCUUUUCUCAGAUAAAUAAAACACAAGAAAUGGAUUAAUAGCUUUGAAAAUCUCUCUUUUUUUUAAAUAAAAUGUUUUCUUCAAAAAUUUGCUU